UUUUAAGUAAUGUAUAAAAGUAGCAACUUGUGUAAUCGGCAGGCAAUAUUCCGGCAAGAAUUCAUGGGCGAGUUCCUGUCAGUGCUGCUGGCCGGGCUGAGCGAGGGCGGCGCACGCGCCUUGGUGCGUGAGGAGGCGCUGGCGGCGCUCCACGCGAUGGCCGCUGUCGACUUCGUCGCGUUCCGCCGCGCCUUCCUGCCGCAUUUCUUGCACUCGCUGCCCGGUCUUGCACCGCAACAUAUUGAGCAACUUGCUGACUUCCCGCCUGAUACGGAUCUGCCGACGUUUACACAGAACAUCCAAAAAUUGAUGAAUGACGUGAACUGCUACCGCGCCUACAAUGCGCUCCAGCCGCCUGCUAUGACGUCAUAGCACACGCCCGAUCUCAUGGUGCAUUGAUGCUGUGGGGAAAUUAGUGAUUUAAUAAACUAUUGGAAUAACCGCGUGUCAUACCACAUACAACGCUGAUUUACAGGCUCAAAAUUCCCCAUAAAAUUGAGCUGAACGUGUUCACCUAUCAGGAAAUGAUAAUUCAAUGUGGUUGUUUGUAUGUAAGUUUUUAUAUAUUGAUGCGUGUGAGUGUUCUGAGUAGUGUACUCGGGGGUUAAUUUUCGGUACUCACAAUAUAGACUAUCCCCUGUUUUGAGACCAGAUAAUUGUUAGUAAUCGAUGAUCUUAAAACGAAGAAUGAGACAUUCGAAUAUUUUAAAAAACAGACUUCAUAGGUAGUACUGUGAAUUCACUCAAUGUUACAGGGCUGAAUCUGUAUUUCUUUAUUAGGUUACCUAACCGUCGACCACAAUGAGGAAAUUGGGCACAAAUAAUGGAGGACAUACAAUAAUUUUACUUGAGAAGAUUGUGAAGCGCCGGCACCCGAGUGCCAUAUAAUUUAUUAUUUAACAAAAGGUCAAUAUUUAUGGUAUUUUGAAAAAUAUUUGCUUGCAAUAAACAAGCUAUAUUUGCCGAAGACAAGAAAACACGAUGCGUUAUUGCCUAUUUUAUUAAGUUACAAAUGACAUUUCACUCGCAAACCAAAUAAUUAGUUUGUGUGUAGUCGAAAAUAAGAAUUACUAUAUUUUAUAUUAACACCAGGUGCACGAACAUGUUCGUCACGCCAUUUAGUAUAAAUAAAAAUAUUUUUAGAAAUAAAUUUGUUAUGCUGUGUAACAAGUAUAUCCUCAGAUGGAUAGAAAAUAACUAUCCGUUUACAUUGUCCGCCACUUAAAUUCCUGUUUCUUUGAUUAAUAACAUAUUAUUACAAAUUUGUCGGGGAUAGUGCAAUAACGUAACUAGCAUAGCAAUAUAAGUUUCCAUUUCGGUAAAAAAAAAUCAAGUGACGGGACGAACAAGUCGUGCGCCUUAUGGUAAGCUACAUGCCUGUCCAUAACAGUUACGGGAAUCUAUAGUUAUCAGUCCGUAAACGACAUAAAUUAAUACUUAUUGUGCAAAAUUUACAGUCAUUUUCUUGUAAAACUUGCUUUAGUGCAGAUAUACGAAUUUGCACUAUCACCGACGAUUUCUUGAAAUACGUCACGUGGAGUACAUGUUUUUGCUGUUUAUAGAAUCAACAAAUUUAUUAGGACAAAUAUAAAUGAUUCAUAAUUUAAAAUCUUGAUAAGUAGUUUUAAUUAUUACGUAUUCCUUUUAAGUUUGAAUUUCUUGUAAUGACUUACUCACGGGCAAUGUACUGUGUUUUCUUGGAGAAUAAGUAAUUGAAAUGAAUGAAUGAAUGUGUGACGCACGGUGGUUUCACAAUCCUUUUAAAUAUAGAAAAAAUUCUGAGUGCAUCAAUCAUCGCAUUGACUGUAAUCUUAGAUUAUAAUAUUUUAUGCUUUUGUAAAGCAUUUCGAGAGAGGAUUUUUGAUCCACUGUCGAAUUUUACUUAUUCUAGUUACUAGUCCUUUUAACUAACAUUCAAAAUUUAAUAAUUUAAUUGUAAUUUGUAAAAGUAGUUAGUAUGAUGGCUACGAAAGCUCAAUAUAGCCCAAAGUAAUUUAGUAUUUUUGAACAUUUCAGAGUAGGUGAGACGUAAAGGACCCCAGAAUUGUUAGUUUGGAAUUUAUUAUUUCUACAAACGUUGCUUUAGUAUGCUAAAAAUCACGCAAUGGUAAAAGACAUUAAACCCUAUCGUCGUUUGUUUUUUAUUUAACAUAUUAUUUUAAGAUGGGUAUGAGUCUCAUUCAAAUGCUCUAUACUAAUAAUUACUAUUUGGCACUUAGGGUCGUAUUCCAGAACUGUACUCAUGCUCAAGUCAGGAUUUGAGCAGACUUGAGUAUGAUUUCAAGCACUGGAAAUACGACCCUAAUGGCAAGGACUUGAAUAUGAUUUUCAGUGCUCACUGCAAUACUCAAGUCCUGACUUGAGCAUUGAGUAGAGUUCUGGAAUACGACCCUUAGGGUUCUUUACCGCUCACCUACAGAUUUUGAGAAUGGGCUGCCAUGUUUAGUGUGAUUUUAUUAUUUAUUGGUAAUUGAAGUUCCAAAAAGUUUAUUUUACAAUUACACAAAUGUUUUCCUUAGUGUUGAUUGUGGUUGGUGGACAAAGUUUUCUACAAACCCAUAUACAAACAAAAUCUCAUGUAUUUUCUUUGACUGCCUUAAAAAUAUCUAUUUAUAAACCACUUGUUGGUUUACUUUUAGUUGGUUUACAAUAAGCAUUGUUCAUUUUCUUUUUUACAACUUUUAUGUACUACUUACUUACGUACUUUUAUGUUUAUGUACUUUUAUGUUUAAAGAAUGCCUAGUAUAUAAUUUUAUGUUGAUAUAGAUAUGAUUUUCUAAAACAUCUGAAACUACGUGCGCAUUUAUUUCUAGUUGGGUGCAAUAUCAAGCUGUGAGAACUUGAGAAGACAAUUGAAUCAAUGCAAUUAUUUCUUCUUAAAUGUUGGUGGUGUACGUGCUAUAUUUUAUGCAUAAUUUUUGUUAAUAGAUAAUUA